UUUUUGGACGGUUCAGAUUUCACGGAUCAGAUAGUGGUUUGUUGAAACGAAAUGGGACACCAGAGAGCGUGAGGAUUUAAGAACAAGAGCGCUACCGUGCUCUCCCUUUCCCUUUCCGGUCUGGUGGGCGAGCUUGAAAACCGAACUAAAGCACGACAGCGACGGAUUGGCCACCGUCAAACCUCCCUAUAUGACCGGAGAGUUCCAUGUGAUGUCGCCGGAGUUGGAGGUAGACAGGUGCAGAGUCAGAGAGUUGUAGACUCGCCGGGGUUUGAAGCGCAGGGGUACGUGUAGAGUUGCCGGAAUCUGACCCAGUUGAGGAGAAUGAGCCCUGACUGUGACGGAGUUGUGGGGGGCGCCGGUUGCCGGACGGUGGUCGUAGGAGUGAAGUUGGACUCGCCGAGUAGGGAGUUACUGACUUGGGCUCUGGUCAAGGUUGCUCAGCCUGGCGACCGCGUUGUUGCUCUUCAUGUGCUUGGUAACAAUGAAAUUGUUGAUCGUGAUGGAAAAUCGUCUCUUCUUUCGCUCGUCAAAGCAUUUGACUCUGUUCUGGCUGUGUAUGAAGGCUUCUGCAACUUGAAACAGGUGGAUCUCAAGCUCAAGAUAUGCAGAGGUUCAUCAGUCCGAAAAAUUAUUGUUCGCGAAGCAAAAUCUUACGCGGCCUCCACUGUUAUAGUUGGAAUUUCUCGGAAACACCAUACAAUCCGGUCUUCAGCCUCUGUCGCCAAGUACUGCGCUAGUAAACUGUCGAGAGAUUGUUGUGUUCUUGCUGUUAAUAAUGGAAAAGUUACGUUCCAGAGAGAGUCCUCUGUGAAUUCUACUUCUGGUGACUCUCAAGGAACGAGAGUUCAUCGCACAAGUAGUUUUCUUAGUGCAAUUCACCAAUCGUUAAGCCUGAAUUCUGAAGAAAGAAAUAAUGGCAAUGGUGGUGGAGUGCCAUUGGCAGAAAAUGAUCAGGAAAUAUUCCGGCGUUUGGAACAAGGGUUAUUAAAGGCUAGUUUGGGUUCUAGGGAAGGUGCCCCGAAACAGAGCUGUUCCAUUUGUUCACCAGCCUCUGUUCCAUCAGGUAAUUCUUCUACCCAAACAACAGAAGAGUCUUCUGGCGAUGGUGGUGAAGACAAUCCAAUGGCUAUAGUGCCAGUACAGACUGUGGAGGCUGCUUCGAGUUCAAUUACUGUGUUAAUCAGAGAAUUGCCAGUGAGACCCGGCUGGCCACUUCUUCGCCGGGCUAUUUUACCACAUCGGCACGGUCCUGAUAGGUCUUCAUCAAAUCAGAUCUCUGUGGUACAAUGGGCAAUGCAGUUGCCUGGUAGGGAUGAUUCAUCCCCAAACAAAUCAGAUCCAACACAAAAUAGUUGCGAUCAGGAUGGAGUGCAAACUGUGCAAUCAUCUAAUUUAGAUGGAGAAAGUGGUGCUAUUGUUCCAGUACAUUCCAAGAAUUUGUCUGCUCCAUCUUCUCCAAGACACAGUUCCAUUAGUUUACCGGAAGAGUUAGAGGGUCUGCAUGAGAAGUACUCGGCAACUUGCAGAUUGUUCAAGUACCAGGAACUCCUCUCAGCAACGUCGAAUUUCAUGCCUGAGAACUUGAUCGGGAGAGGAGGGAGCAGUCAGGUUUAUCGAGGUUUCCUCCCUGACAGCAAGGAACUUGCUGUGAAAAUCUUGAAGCCUUCUGAGGAUGUGCUGAAGGAGUUUGUUUUAGAAAUUGAGAUUAUUACUACCUUGCAUCACAAGAACAUCAUAUCCCUUUUUGGGUUCUGCUUUGAGAACAACAAUCUACUCUUGGUAUAUGAUUUCCUGUCAAGAGGGAGCCUGGAAGAGAACCUUCAUGGUAGUAGGAAGGAUCCACUCUUGUUUCGUUGGAGUGAGAGAUACAAGGUAGCCGUGGGUGUAGCUGAAGCAUUGGAUUACCUACAUAAUGGUAGGCCUCAAGCUGUGAUCCACAGGGAUGUGAAAUCAUCAAAUAUUCUGUUGUCCGAGGACUUUGAGCCACAGCUCUCUGAUUUCGGACUUGCUAAAUGGGCAUCAACUUCCUCAGCACAGAUAAUAUGCUCUGAUGUUGCUGGAACUUUUGGCUAUUUGGCUCCUGAGUACUUCAUGUAUGGCAAAGUAAAUGACAAAAUUGAUGUCUAUGCAUUUGGUGUUGUACUCCUUGAGCUCCUCACUGGAAGGAAGCCUAUAAACAGUGACUAUCCAAAAGGACAAGAGAGCCUGGUUAUGUGGGCAAAGCCGAUUCUAAAUAGUGGGAAGGUUGCCCAAUUAUUAGAUCAAAGCUUGGGCAAUGACUACGACCAGGACCAAAUGGAGAGGAUGGUUUUGGCAGCUAAUCUCUGCGUUAGACGUGCACCUGGAGCUCGUCCUAAAAUGAGCGUCGUUCUGAAGCUUCUCCAAGGUGAUGCCGAAGUAAUGAGGUGGGCAAGGCUACAAGUUGAUGCCUCCAAUGAACCUAAUGCGCUGGAUGACGAAGCUUGUCCACGUUCUAAUCUUCAGUCCCACCUUAAUCUUGCAUUGCUUGAUGUGGAGGAAGAUUCUCUCUCCAUGAGCAGCAUUGAGCAAAGUGUCUCAUUAGAAGACUACUUGCAAGGCAGAUGGAGCCGUUCGUCGAGCUUUGACUAAUCACAUCUAGGGAAGUGCAAGUAAAACACAGUUCUCUUUGAGUGAUUCUUUGUAUAGUCUUCUGUUCUCUCUUUUUUUUCCCCACCAUUUUUAUGGAUUUUGCAAUUUUCUGGGUUUGCUUAAAGAUGGGUGUUGGAUGAGAGGUUGUUUGUGGGUGUGCCCUCCUCCUUCCCUCUAGCUGGCCAUAUGAUCAGUCCCUAUUUGGUGGGCUGGUUUUCUUUUUUUUUUUUUGGGUCUUUGAUUGUGUCGGUUCCCUCGCUGGAUUUGAAAAGUCAUAGCCACAUGUAAUGGUUGAUGGUUAUCUGUUGAAAGUGAGCACAUUUAUCAAAUGCUCAUUUCUUAAAUGUAUGUAUAUGCCUGAAGAAGACAAUAAAAGCAUUGCUGCUUUUUUGA